UAGAGAUUAUCAUGAGGCAACUAUGUUUUAUCGAAUACACGAUGAUUGUUUGACUUUCGCUCACUCGAUCCCAAAGCUGUCCAGCUGAAGUAGACUCCACUUAGAGAGGAAGUAUGGAGCGGGUCAUUGCUUUGGUUGACAUGGAUUGUUUUUACGUCCAAGUGGAGCAGCGACUACACCCAGAGACAAAGGGUCUGCCCUGUGCAGUUGUGCAGUACAAGAAAUGGAAAGGAGGAGGUAUUAUUGCUGUUGGAUAUGAGGCCAGAGCAAAGGGAGUGACAAGGAAUAUGUGGGGGGAUGAUGCCAAAGCAAAGUGUCCAAACAUUCACUUUUUCCGGGUCCCAGAAGUCAGGGGCAAGGCUGAUCUUACCAAAUUUCGUGAGGCGGGCGCGGAGGUGAUCGCUGUACUCAGUAAGUUCAGUGACUGUGUGGAGCGGGCCAGUAUAGAUGAGGCAUACAUUGAUCUGACGGAGGAAGUGAGGAAGAGAAUGGCGUCAUCUAAAACUCGGGAGGUCUCCACGGACCAGCUGCCCAACACAUUUAUUGUAGGCUGGGGAGAUGACAAGGAUGGAACCAAAAGACAGCAAGGGGUGGAUGACUGGAUGAAGUUGUUACCAUGUGACAGCGGUGAAGACAGCUCUGAUCAGAAGCUACUGAUUGGGGCACUCAUAGCAGAGGAAAUGCGGGUUGCAGUAUACAAAGAAACUGGCUUCAGAUGUUCAGCAGGAAUAGCACAUAACAAGAUGUUGGCCAAGCUGGUGUGUGGACUUCAUAAACCCAACAAACAGACAGUUCUACCCCACAGUUCAGUCCAGCAGCUGUUUGACACAUUGCCCAUCAAUAAAAUACGAAAUCUUGGUGGUAAACUGGGGCAGUCGGUGAUGGAACAGCUGAACAUAGAGAGGAUGGGGGAGCUGUGUCAAUUCCAGCUCACCACUCUACAACAAAACUUCGGCGACAAAACAGGGGCCUGGUUGUACGAGGUUUGCCGGGGAGUAGAACAUGAACCAGUGUCUGCCAGACAGCUGCCCAAGUCCAUCGGAUGCAGCAAGAACUUCCCAGGGAAAACGUGUCUGGACACAAAAGAUAAAGUAAAGUUCUGGUUAUCAGAACUCUCUAAAGAAGUAGAAGAAAGGCUGAUUAAAGACAAAGAAAUGAAUAAUCGUGUGGCUAAGUCUAUGACGGUCAGUGUGAGAUACAUGAGUAACCCUUCCCCUGUCGUCGCCAGUCGAGCCUGCGCUGUCACUAAAUAUGAUGCCGAGAAGUUUGCCAGUGAUGCCUACGCCCUGAUAAUGAAACUGAAUCAUGCUCCAGCUCAUCAGAGUGCUUGGUCUCCCCCUAUUCUGUGUUUAGGAGUGUCCGCCACAAAGUUUGUUGAUGAGAGUACGAACCAAUUAACAUUGUCAUCCUUUGUGGGACAGAAGACAUCCAGCUCUAUAUCAGCAAGUCAGACACAAACCCUGCCUGUUAAAUCAGAGACUAAAUCCAUAGCCAGCUUCUUUAGGAGAGGAAACAACAGUUCAGCACUAAUGUCUAAUCAGAAGGAAAGUACCAGAGACCAACAGAUGAAUUCUCUAAUACAUGAACCAGGGGAUUCCUCUUCAGGGUCCUCUCACACUUAUAAGCAAUCUCAAGAAAAUGAAAGUGAUUUAUAUUUACGAGAGAAAGAUUUACCGCUGAAGAGUUUAGACUCUACCUCCGAUCAAUUGAUUGACAAUGAGAGAAACCAUAGUCCAUGUGGAUUUUUUGCGAAAAGAAAAUCAAAAAAUGGUUUAGUUUAUAAUUUGUCACAAGAUUCAAUUCCUGUUGGAGUACAAGGAAGGAAGCAGACAAACUUUGAGGAUAAAAGCGAAAUGAACAACAGCAUUGAAGAUGCCAGUAUGGAGAACAGAAUUUCCCAGAAUUCAGUUGAUCCUGACUUUUUAGCAGCACUUCCUCCUGAUCUGAGACAGGAAGUUCUAAGUCAAGUGAGUCCUGCUCCACCUGUAGAUAAGGAACCUCUAGUGCAAUCCCAGAGAGGCAGUACCAGUCUGGAGAAAUAUCUAAACAAACAAGAUCCUUCAAAUAUGGAGGAUUCACCAGAAACAGGAAAGGACCUGGUCGUUUGCGAGAAGUGCAAUAAACAGAUUGAGGCAUCUGAGCUGCCAGAGCACAUGGACUAUCACUUUGCCAAGGAACUUCAGAAAGAACUGUCUCAGACCUCGGAUACAAACAGUGGACUUUCAGUUCAAAGUAGUGGGCAGAGGAAAAGAUCGCUAGGAUGUGGUAGUAAAUCUCCAAAGAAAGUAACAAAAAAGUUAAAAAAUAACGCAGGACAGACGCAAACUAUAUCUCACUUUUUCAAUAAAAACUCUGUCUGA